CGCAUUUGGGGGCGCAUCUCAACAAUAGCGUGUAGUGAGCAGUGGCGGUGGUAUGUGCCAUUUCGAUUUCGGGUUUGGAAAUGCAAACCAAUACAGUUGUGUAACUUGGUCAAACCAGUGUGUUGUUAUGUAUGCUAUGCAAAGUAAGCGAUAACUUCAACGCGUCAAUUUUGGCGGUUUUCUGCUACAGACACAGCCCAGGGACAAAUAACUGGUGACGCCCCUGGCAUGGAGCCGUCGAGUGGCGCGCUCAGGUAAUCUGAUCCCUGAUCUGAUCCCGUCUGCUGAAGACGCCGAGGACGUAAUCGAAGACGGGCUGUCAUUGGAUUCAGCAACCCAGCAGCAACCGGUGUUCAGUAGCCGACAACCUGAUGGCGUGUAUAAAGUUCAGGUGCGGACGUGCGGCGGCACCUAUUCACCUGCGCUGCGCCGUCUGUGCCCCUCCCCCAGCGAUGGGGAGGGGAGGGGGCGUGCCCUCCACGGCGGGGGACCGCGGUCGACUCAGUUCUGUCGGCGCCGCGGUCCGACGUGCGACCCGCAGCGCCGCCCACAUUUGCAACUGGAUCAGGUCAACCGCGGGACAGCGCAGCCACAGACAGACUGUGGCUACCAGGCGACGGUCUUUGCGCGCUCCUCCGACGGACGACGACCGGCUGUGACCUGGCAGUGAGCUCUGGCCAUCUGCCGUGACCUGGCGGCCGGCCGAGCCAUGCACCCGGACACGGGCUCGUACCGUCACCUCCCGGAGGACACUGACCGCUCCGUCAGCGCCGCGCCGCCGUCACCGGAGAAGGAUGCCGACGCCGGCCGGCCGGAUGACGCGUCCUCGCCCUCGGCCGACGGCGACCACCCGGCAGCGGAGGCCAAGUACGAGCCGCGCGGCCAGUGGAGCAACCAGCUGGACUUUAUGCUCAGCAUAGUUGGGUACGCCGUCGGACUGGGCAACAUCUGGCGCUUCCCGUACCUGUGCUACAAGAACGGCGGAGGGGCGUUCCUGGUGCCCUACUGUCUGAUGCUGCUUACCUCUGGGCUGCCCCUGCUGUGUCUGGAGCUCACGGUUGGACAAUACGCCAGCCUCGGACCCAGCAAACUCUUCGAGAACCUCUCGCCGCUGUUUGGAGGGGUUGGCUACGGCAUGGUGCUGGUGACGUUCUUCAUCGUGUGCUACUACAACCUCAUCAUGGCCUGGACCAUCUUCUACACGGUGGCCUCGUUUCGCGCCACCCUCGGCUGGUCAAACUGCGCCAACGAGUACAACACCAUCAACUGCUUCACGGUGGCCGAGGAGCAGGCGUGUCUGAACGCCAGCCAGCAUACGGAGCUGUUCUGGAACCGCACCUGCUACCCGAUCGACCGGUUCUGCGCCGAGCACGGCUUCCGACAGGUGAACGCCACACACUGCGCCAGCGCCGCCGAGCCGGCGCGGCCGCCGCUGCCGUUCGCAGAGAUCGGCAGUCGCAUCUCGGCCAGCGAGGACUACUUCACGAACUAUGUGCUGGGCCUGUUCGACCACUGGUGGGACGACUACGGCACCCUCAAGUGGGACCUGUGUCUGUGCCUGCUGGCCGCCUGGCUGAUCGUCGGACUGUGCCUGAUCCGCGGCGUCAAGUCGUCCGGCAAGGUGGUCUACUUCACGGCCGUCUUCCCCUAUUUCGUGCUGGUCAUCCUGCUGGUGCGCGGUGUGACCCUGGACGGCGCGUACGACGGCAUCUCGUACUAUAUCACACCCAACACCACGCGGCUGGCCGACUCGCGCGUCUGGUCCGACGCCGCCACCCAGGUGUUCUACUCGUUCGGCCUCAGCUUCGGCGGGCCGAUGACGCUGGCCAGUUACAACCGGUUCAACAACAACUGCAUGAGGGACGCCAUCCUGGUCGGUAUCAUCAACUGCGGCACCUCCGUGUUCGCCGGUUUCGUGGUGUUUGCCGUGCUCGGCUUCAUGGCCAAAAGUCUCGGGAAGGAGGUCAGUGAAGUUGUGACGUCGGGCGCCGGGCUGACUUUCAUUGCCUACCCGGAGGCCGUAGUGCACAUGCCCGUCUCGCCGAUCUGGCCGUCCUCUUCUUCGUCAUGAUCAUCACGCUGGGCCUGGAUUCCCAGUUUGCGAUGGUGGAGACUCUGCUGACGGCCAUCUACGAUCAGUGGCCCAGUCUGCGGUGUAGGAAGGCCUCUGUGGUCGGCGUGUCGUCCGUGAUCGGCUUCCUGCUCAGCAUUAGCAUGUGCGCCAACGGUGGCAUCCACCUGUUCACACUGAUGGACUGGUACUCUGGCUCGUGGUCGCUGCUGGUGCUGGCACUGCUGGAGGUCGUCAUCGUGGCCUGGCUAUUCGGCGCCGAGCGGAUGCUGGAUCUGAUGCAGCAGAGGAUGAACAUCUGGAUCCCGCGGCCGCUGCACGCCUACUGGCGCUUCACCUGGCGCUACCUGUCGCCGCUCUGUAUCGUUGCCAUCCUGGUGUUCUCAGUGGUGCAGUACGUGCCGGCCUACUACGGCACGGGCGACACCCGGCGCGACUACCCUCCCUGGGUGAACGGCCUCGGCUGGAUCAUCUCCCUCGCGCCCAUCCUGCUCGUCAUCAUUGUGGCCGUCUACCAUCUGAGGACCAGUAAACAGGGCUGGCGGGAGCUGCUGGAGGCCACUGACGGCUGGUGCCCGGCCUCUGAGCGGCCCUCCUCCGCCCCCGCCCCCGCCCCCGCCCGGAGCGGACGGUCGGCGGCGGUUCACCCCGCCCUGCCCGCCGUGGAAACCAGCUCCACCGACGGCAACGGCGGGCUGGCCAACGCGGCCUUCGAGCUCGGCGAGACGGGAAAGGCGUCCGAGAAACAUUCCAACGGCGCCUCCCCGUCGGCGUUCUGAGCCCCCCCCCCCCCCCCCCACCCACCCCACCUCAGCAAACAUACGCCACUUUUCAGUCUGUAACGGGACAUCAGGAACUCCGUCCAUGAGAUGACCGGUUGUGCAACAGCGUAGUUGAAAUUUAUCGCCUGGCGGCGUUUCAGCUGCGUUCGAAGGGGAAGGGGGCACUCUGAAACUGGUGUUUUAUAGGUCUGUCGAAUUGCUCGCGUGUCUUAGUUGGGAGUUGGGACAGCGGUGGUUGUGAAUUGUGUCAUGCAGCUGGGCUACGUCACCUAUGCAGUUUCGGCUCUGCCUGCGGGUGAUCACGAAACGCAGCAAGCAGUCCUGUGGUGUACCUAUAUCAGUACGACAGUAUGCAUUAUUACACGUUGUGAAGUGAGUGUUAACAGUGGCGGUGAAUUAUUUAUAUUUUGGACAGCCGAUAAUAUUGGCUCCCCUUUAUUACGGUGUAUAACUGUGUCUACUAACUCGUGUAGCGAUGUGUCGCCCGUAACGCAAUACACAUUAAUGUCUCCUGCG